AUGGAUGCUGUAAGGUUUGCAACUGUGCUGUUGGUCAUGCUGACACAGUCUCUUGGUGCACUGGGAAGUCCGCUCAGCAGCCAGGAGGAGGGAAGGGAGGUGUGGACCCUGGAAAACUGGCAGGACUUCCCACUAGAAAGGGGAAUAACCAUUCGUCUGGCAGACCUCAUCAAACGCUCUAAAGCACAGCAGUUCCAUGGCCUAAUGGGAAGGAGUUUGGGGGUAGCACAUCCGAUGAGACUGGAGAGGAAAAGGAAUAAAGGUGACAUGUUUGUGGGACUCAUGGGACGAAGGAGUUUAGACGAAGAUAUCCAAGAGGAGUGGAAAUCCUAUUCGUACUAA